AUGGACACGCCGGCAGAAUCGAAGUCUACGAACCAGGAGGUGACUCCAGGGGCGCAGGACACUGGACUAGGCCAUGACGAGAAGCCUGGAGAUGUUGUCGAGAUGACACCGGAUGCCUACACUCCUGAAGAAGAGAGACGAGUGCUGAGGAAGAUUGACAUGACGAUCCUGCCAAUGAUGUGCUUUGUUUUCUUCCUCCAAUACCUCGACAAGCAGAGUCUUAGUUACGCGAGUGUGUUCGGCCUGAUUACCGAUCUCAAGAUGACCAGCGUCGAGUACUCGUGGUGCUCCUCGAUCUUCUACGUGGGCCAGCUUGUGGCAGAAUAUCCCUUCAUAUACCUUAUGAGUCGGUUUCAUCUCACCAAGUUCGUCGGUGUGACAGUCGUUGUCUGGGGUAUCGUCUGCAUGUGCCUAGCCGCACCACAGAACUUUGCCGGGUUUGCCGCCGUGCGGUUCCUACUUGGCUUCACCGAGGGCGCAGUCUCUCCAGCUUUCGUGACCAUUACGUCUAUUUGGUACCGCAAGCACGAGCAUGCUACACGCACCGGAAUCUGGGUGACUAUGAAUGGUUUAGCGCAGAUCGUCGGCUGCUUGCUCAUGUAUGGCAUCGCCAAGAAUACCUCGUUGGCGCUUCAGCCCUGGCGGACCCUGUUCCUCAUCUGCGGGGCGGUGACUUCGGCUGCCGGCGUCAUCUUUUACGUCUUCAUGCCGAACGGUCCCGCCGAUGCAUGGUUCCUUACAGCUAGAGAAAAGGAAGUCCUAUCGCUACGCAUGGUCAAAGACCGCGAGGGUGGUGACAAGACGUCCUUCUCCGUGGCACAACUCAAGGAAACUCUCCUGGAUCCCAAGGCCUGGUUCGUGUUUUGGUUUGGUGUCCUCGUUACCAUGCAGUCGCCAGUCUUGACGUUUGCGUCGCUGGUUAUCAAGUCGAUCGGAUACGACAAAUAUCAGGCGAUCUUGUAUACUGCUCCCUCCGGAGCAGUGCAGAUUGCGUUCCUAUGGAUUGGAGUCUUGGGCUGCUGGCUGUUCCCUCGAAACCGAACACUGGUUAUCCUCGUUCUGAUUCUACCCCCACUUGCCGGGUGUAUUUUGCUAUUUAAGCUAUCCCUCUCAGCAGGAUGGGGUAUGGUCGCUGCAUCAUGGCUUGCAUCGUGCAUAACCGCAUCCUUUUCCAUCCUCCUAUCCCUCACCGCCUCCAACGUCAAGGGCAACACCAAGAGGUCUAUCGUCAGUGCCAUGUUCUUCAUCGGCUACUGCGCCGGGUGCAUCGGGUCCCCUCAGCUCUGGACUGUGUCACCCCGGUACUUCAAUGGCGUCGUCACCAGCAUCGUCACUUGGUGCCUGCUGUUCGUCGUGGUGAUUGGCUACCGGCUCACAUGCAUGUACGACAACAAGAAGAGAGACAGUGAACAAAGCAGCACGGUGGUGACCUCGGUAGCGAAUGGCCAUGUGCUCCUUGACAGUUCCGGCGCUUUCAAAACAGAUUUGACCGAUAAGGAGGACAGGGAAUUCAGGUACAGUUGGUAG